AUGGCAGAAAAUGAAGCAACGCCACAGACUCAGUGUCCUCUGGCAAUGCAGUUUAUGCAACACCGAGGUGUCUGGUUACUGCGCAAAUACAUGCUGAGUGACUUUGCAGGUUUCCAUCUUCUUCAAGCAGUUCUAAGUACAACUGUGAUCACAUCCUGCAUCCCAGGAGAAUCCCAUGAUAACUGCACAGCUUUAGUUCAGACGGAAGACAACCCACGGGUUGCUCAAGUGUCAAUAACAAAGUGCGCCCCCGACAUGAACGGCUACUGUUUGCACGGACAGUGCAUUUACCUGGUGGACAUGAGUGAACAAUACUGCAGGUGUGAUGUGGGGUAUACGGGUGUCCGAUGUGAACACUUCUUUCUAACCGUCCAAAAACCCUUGAGCAAAGAAUAUGUGGUCCUGACUGUGAUUCUCAUUUUCUUUUUUCUGAUCAUAAUUGCUGGUUCCAUAUACUACUUCUGCAGAUGGUACAGAAAUAAAAAAAGUAAAGAAUCAAAGAAAGAAUAUGAAAGAGUGACCUCGGGGGAUCCAACAUUGCCACAAGUUUGA